AAGCAUAUAGUAAAGUCUAUUCUUGCAAACAUGGACAACUUUGAUAUCCAAUCCUAUUGUAGAAAGUGGUAACUUGUACUAAGAAGCAAGUGAUGUUUGCAGAUGUAAACCUUAGACACCAACCACUUAGCUAGCCUGACAGACUCUGAGAAACAGUGAAUUGAUAUGAGUGUAACGGGGCGUGUAAUAUUGCUCAAUCAAGAUUAUGCUUCUGCAGUUGACUCCCACAUCUUACAAAGGUCUUUGCAAGAAAUUACAUUCAGAAACAUCAUAGGGACAUGGUUGAAUGCUUCAAGUCUUAGUUAACGAAUAACCUCCUUUUAAAUUGGCUUUUUUGCUGGUCUCACAAGGCUUUCUAUUUUGGUUCCCUUGAGUCUCUUUAAAAUUUCAGGAAGAAACUCUGAAUCUCAAAAUGCCUAUGAGUAAGAAUAAGCUGGUUUUACUACUUGGAAUGAUCUGUUUGGAACAAGAUAAAUCUGCAACUAUUUCUCUUUCCAAAGCUCCCACUUGUGGGCAGAGUUUGGUAAAGACACAGCCUUGGAAUUACCUUAACAUUUUCAGUCGCAUUGUUGGGGGAAGCCAAGUAGUAAAGGGCUCUUACCCAUGGCAGGUGUCUCUGAAACGAAGGCAGAAGCAUAUCUGUGGAGGAACCAUCAUAUCCCCGCAGUGGGUGGUUACAGCUGCUCACUGCGUUGCAAGCAGAAACAGUGCAUCAGCUUUGAACAUUACUGCUGGAAAACAUGACUUGAGCCAUACAGAGCCAGGAGAGCAAACCCUCACCAUUGAAAGCAUCAUCAUACACCCAUUUUUCUCCACCAAGAAACCAAUGGACUAUGAUAUUGCUCUUCUGAAGAUGGCUGGCACCUUCCAUUUUGGCCAGUUUGUGGGACCCAUGUGUCUUCCAGAGCCAGGAGAACGGUUUAAGCCUGGACUGAUUUGUACAACUGCAGGCUGGGGACGCCUGACUGAAGAUGGCAUCCUCUCACAAGUCUUGCAGGAAGUGAACCUGCCCAUUCUGACCCAGGAAGAGUGUGCAGCAGCUCUGUUAACCCUAAAGAAACCCAUCAGUGGGCGGACCUUUCUCUGCACAGGCUUUGCAGAUGGAGGGAGAGAUGCAUGUCAGGGAGAUUCAGGAGGUGCCCUCAUGUGUCGGAACAAGAAAGGAACUUGGACUCUCGCUGGUGUGACUUCUUGGGGUCUGGGCUGUGGUCGAGGCUGGAGAAACAAUGAGCAGAAAGAUGAUCAAGGAUCCCCUGGGAUCUUCACAGACCUUAGCAAAGUGCUUCCCUGGAUCCAAAAACACAUCCAAAUUGGGAAGCAGAGAAAGAGCUCCAGAGCCUCAUGCAGUGAGGAGGAUCGUGUGGUCAGUGAGUCUGAGGGGGAGCUGCACUUCCCAGAAAGCCCCUACCUGUAUUAUGAUGGCAAGCAACUGUGUGUCUGGACCCUGUUGGUACCAGAGGAAAUGCAUGUGUUACUCAGUUUUUCCCACUUGGAUGCAGAGUCUUGUCACCACAAUUACCUCUCAAUAUGUUCUUCAGAAGACAGACUUACUGGGAAGUUCUGUGGAGAAAGGCUUGCUUCAUCAGUUCUUGUUGCCUCCAACUCUUUAAGACUGAAGUUCUUCACUGAUGCCACAGAUUAUUCCACCGGGUUUAAUCUCACCUACAAAGCUCUUAAACCCAGCUACCUUCCUGAUUCAGGUUGCAGUUCCUUAACUGUCCUUUUUGAAGAAGGCCUCAUACAGAGUCUCCAUUAUCCUGAAAACUACAAUGACAUGGCCAACUGUAACUGGGUUUUUCAAGCCCCCAAACAUUAUCUAAUUAAGCUUUCCUUUCAGAGCCUGGAAAUAGAGGAGAAUGGAGACUGCACUUCCGACUACGUGACAGUGCACCAGGAUGUAGAAAGGAAGAAGGAAAUAGCUCGGUUGUGUGGCUUUGUUGCCCCAGCCCCCGUGCUGAGCUCCUCUGGUGUAAUGCUCAUCAGCUUCCAGUCGGAUGAAAAUGUGACCUUCAGAGGCUUUCAGGCUACAGUUGCCUUCAUUCCUGAAACAGGUAAGAUGGAAUAGGCACCAAUACCUCUGGUCCACAUUCUCAUCCUCGUAAUGUAUUAAUCAAGGGCAGCCUUUAGAGCCCAACAUGGAUCCAGUGGAAUCAUCUUGUGCAGCAGCUCUGUUCUAUAAAGUCACCACGACACGGAAAUUAGUGAAUACUGAACCAGUGUUCCUAGGGGAGAUCCAUGGUUAGGGUCCUGUGAGCCUCUGGUUUAUGUCUGUUUCUGUUGCAAGUCACCUCACUUAGUACAUAUGGUUAAUUUGUUAACACCCAACUCACAGCCAAUACCACAAUAACUCAAACCUGAACAAACUUUACCUAUCGCAUGAUCGCAUGUAUUUUCAAAGACAUCACAGCCUCCUUGCACUUAGGAACACUAGAUGGCACUUCAGCACUAUGUUUAGGGC